AUGGCACAGUGCAACGGUAUCAAUGAUAUACCGUAUGAGGUUAGAACAUCUGGUGAGCUCGGGCGGUAUCUCGUUGCGGCUCGUGACUUAGCACCUGGAGACCUGGUCCUGACUGAGCGACCUCUCGUCUUUGGCCCUAAAGCUAUGCAGAACGCCGAAGCCAGUAUGCCUUGUGUUGGAUGCUAUAAACCAGUAUCAACUGAAGUCGGUGAAAGAUGUUUCAGAUGCGGGUGGCCAGUAUGUUCUGGUAACUGUCCGGGUCUGAAGGACCCUAGACAUCAUGGAGUAGAAUGCCACAUCCUCAGCGCUAGACCAGAGUGCGUGUUGAACAACAUGACCGACUAUUACAGGCACGAUGCUCUCCUGCCGCUUCGUUGUAUUUUACUUCAGAAAAUAGAUGUCAAACAAUGGACAAAGCUUCUGGAACUGCAAUCACAUAUGGAAUGCCGUAUUCCUGGUAGCGAAGCCUACGAUGAAGCGAAUGAAUACAUCGUAGAAUAUCUAAUGAACCAUUUUAUAUCGAAAUUGGAAGACGAAAUUAAGAAUAAAUAUAUACCCGAAGUUUCGCCUGCACUUAUUCAUAGAAUGUGCGGAAUCAUUGACACAAAUGCGCUUGAAAUACGUCUUCCUGACGGCGCUGAAUUACAUGCAUUAUAUACAAAUACGUGCAUAAUGGAACAUAGUUGUAUACCAAAUACAAAACACACUUUCAUGCAAUCGCCCAAAGAUAAAAAUGAUUUAUAUAGAAUUACAGUAAAAGUUGUAGUCCCGCUACAAAAGGAACAUCAUGUAACAACCAUGUACACACAUGCGUUAUGGGGCACUCAGGCAAGAAGACAACAUUUAAAGGAUACUAAAUAUUUUGCAUGUAGAUGUACAAGAUGCAGUGAUCCUACAGAACUCGGUACUUAUUUGAGUGCUAUGAAGUGUCUUGGUGAUGGAAAUAAUGAAUGUGAUGGUGUGCAUUUACCAGAAGAUCCUUUAGAUGACGAAACCGAAUGGGCGUGUAAUAAAUGUCCCAUUAAAAUAAAUAGUUCUCAAGUAAAUAUGGUUAUUACCCAAAUGGGAGAGGAAGUAGAAAAUGUUCAGAUGGUUGGUGGCUCAGUACCAAUUUUAGAAAGUUUGCUAUGUAGAUUAUCUACAUUUCUACAUCCAAAUCAUUAUCAUCUAUAUUCUAUAAAACAUUCUUUAAUACAGCUAUAUGGCAGACAACCGAGUUACACGUCCGUUGAAAUCCUUGAGAAGAAAAUAAAGAUGUGCAAAGAUUUGAUUAUUAUAACAAGAGCUUUAGAUCCAGGAAAUGCUAGACUUAGUCUAUACAAUGCUGUGCUACAACAUGAGCUACAUUCAGCUUUAUUAUCAAAGGUAAAGGUGAAAAUAGAUUCAUCUAAAAGAAAUGUGGAUCAUAUAGUCUCUAUAACUACUGAAGCUAAAGUAGCUAUAGAAAAUGCAUUAGAGUGUUUAAAAGAUGAUAUCGAUGAGACUGCUGGAAAAAAACUGUUUGAAGUUAUUAAGAAGAGUAAAAUGAGUUUUGAUAAAUAUUGUAAGAAAAGAAAGCUGGGUUGUAAAUAG